CCCGGAUCCGCUCUCGUCUGCGAGCAGGCGCCGCUCUCCUGCACUAAGCUCCUUUGUCCCGCCGUCAACGUUUUGCUUGUCCGUGUCUUCUCGAGCAUUAUUUCAAGGCAGAAGCCGAGUCAGAAUGGGAACAGGACGGAACCAAAUCCGCCCCAGCUGUGAGCGCAGGGGGUUAGCAGCCUGGAGGGACACCGCCUGGCAAAGGUAGUUCCGGCGUCCGGGGACUCUCUGCCCGAGGCUGCGGGCGGGGCCCCUGUGCGCAGGCGCACAGCACCACUGUCGCCGCAGAGGCUCCCUCUGGGAAGUGGAGUCUGGCAGCAGAAUUGUCACAGCUCUGAGGCUUGUGGGAGUUUGGCUCAGCGGCUCCCAGGGCAACGCGCAAGCGCAGUUCUUAUCCUGGCUGCAGUCCCCUGCUCAUUGUGUUCCGACAGCGAAGUGGCGGUGGCGCUCUCCCGCCGCCGGCAGAGGCUCCUGGAAGGGCAACCCAGGGCUGACCAGGCGCGGCGGCCAAGUCCGAGGGAGAGCGAGCGCAGUCAUGGGGUAGUCGGGCCUGGGGAGAAGGUGGAGGGAAAAGCCUAGGAGGUCCAGGUCAACCAUAUUGGGCCCCAGCGAAUGAGAAGCCUGAGGCCAGAGAAGAGGCUUGUACUGAAAGAGUUGGACUGUGAAGAUCCAGCCUUGUUUUUGAGGAGAAAGAAGACGACCCUCCAACGCCUCUUCUUCCACUCCCCUCCCAGGAUUAGGCAGCUGUUCCAGGAAGAGACACAAUUCUCUUGAAACCUCAGUGAGGCCGGAGGGUGGGUAGAAAGCGUGAGAACUGGGACUGGAGCAAACUUUGUGCAAGAAGUCACGUACAGAAGGGAUAGAUACAGAAGGGAAGACAUGGAGGAUCUGACUAACAGGGAAAGUAGUAGGAUGGUGAGUCGUUCACUUUCCAGUGGAGGCAAGUGGAAAUACCUUCAGCAGGAGAGAGAAUUGGGAGCAAACAGGGACCAAAGAAUUGGUUGCUUGGGGAUACUGGAGACUUCCAGUAUGUGAAUGCUCACAGCCUUGCUCAGGACUGCCGUGUGAGAUCUUUUGACCCAGUCCUCUCCGCAUAACUGGUGUGUAGAUGUUUCUAGCCUGAGGAGUCCUGUAAUUGCAAAGCUCCACACCUGCCUCCUCAGCACCUAGCCUGUCCCUAAGAGGGCUCAUCAAGAAAGAAUGGCUGUCAGCCACCUGCCAACCAUGGUCCAGGGAUUGGUGACCUUCAAGGAUGUGGCUGUGCUCUUCACCCAGGAAGAGUGGGGGCACCUGAGGCCAGCCCAGAAGGCGCUGUAUAGGGAUGUGAUGCUGGAGAACUACAGCCACCUGGUCUCACUGGGACUCUUAGGACCCAAACCAGAUAUGUUUUCCCAGCUGGGAAAAGGGGAUAAAUGGAUGCCAGAGGAUGCCUCGGGAGGCUUCUGUCCUGACUGGAUGACUGUGCCUAUGAGUAAGAAAUCUACUCUCAAGGAAGAUAUCCCUGAAGAAGAAUUGGAUCACUGGAUAAUAAAGGAAAGAUUCAGUAGAGAUAGUGACUGGACUUGUGCUGGCUUGUUGGACUGGCAGUGUGGAGACCAGGAGACCAGUUUGCAACAAGUGGUACUUACUCACCAGAACACCCCAGCUGGGGUUAGUGAACAGGAAUGUGAUGGAUCUGGGAAGGGCUGCAUCAUGAGCUCCUCUCUUGUUCAAAGUCAGGGAUUUCAAACUAGCAAAAAAGCCUUUGAGUGCAGUGAGUGUGGAAAAGUCUUCUCUAAGAGUUCAACUCUUAAUAAACAUCAGAAAAUUCAUACUGAACAAAACACAAAUCAGAAAACUCAUAUUAAAGAGAAACGAUAUGAAUGUCGAGAAUGUGGAAAAGCCUUUCACCAGAGUACACAUCUCAUCCAUCACCAAAGAAUUCACACUGGUGAGAAACCCUAUGAAUGCAAGGAAUGUGGCAAGGCCUUCUCAGUGAGCUCCUCACUUACUUAUCAUCAGAAAAUUCAUACUGGAGAGAAGCCUUUUGAGUGCAACUUAUGUGGAAAAGCUUUUAUCCGAAACAUACACCUUGCCCAUCAUCAUAGAAUACAUACUGGAGAAAAACCUUUUAAAUGUAACAUUUGUGAAAAAGCCUUUGUGUGCAGGGCACAUCUUACCAAACAUCAGAAUAUUCAUAGUGGAGAGAAACCCUAUAAAUGUAAUGAAUGUGGGAAAGCCUUUAAUCAGAGUACAAGUUUUCUUCAGCAUCAGAGAAUUCACACUGGAGAGAAACCCUUUGAAUGUAAUGAAUGUGGAAAGGCCUUCAGGGUGAACUCUUCUCUUACUGAACAUCAGAGAAUUCAUACUGGAGAGAAACCUUAUAAAUGUAAUGAAUGUGGGAAAGCUUUCAGGGAUAAUUCAUCCUUUGCACGACAUCGGAAAAUUCACACUGGAGAGAAACCUUACAGAUGUGGUUUGUGUGAGAAAGCUUUCAGGGACCAAUCAGCCCUAGCCCAACAUCAGAGAAUUCAUACUGGGGAAAAACCUUAUACGUGUAAUAUAUGUGAAAAAGCCUUCAGUGACCAUUCAGCCCUUACCCAACACAAGAGAAUUCAUACUAGAGAAAAACCUUACAAAUGUAAAAUUUGUGGAAAGGCUUUUAUCCGAAGCACACACCUCACUCAACAUCAGAGGAUUCACACAGGAGAGAAACCCUAUAAAUGUAAUAAAUGUGGGAAAGCUUUUAACCAGACUGCAAACCUCAUUCAGCAUCAGAGGCAUCAUAUUGGAGAAAAGUGAUACAGAUGCAGUUUUUGUGGAAGAGCUUUGAGACUGGAUAAAUUAAUUAUUGAACAUAAGAGGACCCAUUGUAGAGAAUAACUAUGAAAGCUUACAUCAAGAUAGUCAUUUUAUUUACUGAGAGUCAAGUUUCACAGUCUUGUGGGUUUUGAGAAUUUAAGAAUGUCAAAUACUUCUCAUUCUUUAGUACUGCCUCAAAUGAAUGGCAGUGCUGUUUGAUUAGUCUGAAUUACCAGUAAGUAUCAGAACCAAAAUGGAGCUUCAUUAACAAUGUAAAAAUUGGCAUAUCAAAUUACAUUUUGACUAUUAAGAGAAACUAUAAAAUUGUAAAAAUUAAAAUUGAAAGGCAAGGAACAAAAAAGUCAAAUGGCCUACAAGCAUUUCAUGCUACUGGAUUCUCUUAUGUAAGAGAGUUGCCAUCUGUAAUGGAACCCUUAGUUCUCUCGUCACCCACACUCCUAACACCCAGUGUAAAGAAAGUGCAGCACCAUGCAACAGCCCAGGAGUUAUCUAAAUUAUGCUUCUCACCUUUUGCUUCAACCCAUCUUUUGUCCGGUCUCUGAUUUGUCCACUAGCAUACUACCUGUCUUGUCCUUCUGGGAUGGUUUGGUUGACUGAUGUGAUGCUCUUCUGACUUAGCAACUCCUAAUUGUUAGCACUGGGUAACUUGUUGUGUCCCAUUAUCCUUGGGGGGUGUGGUGAUCUGAUCUCAGACUCAUCCACGAUUCUGGAUAGUGCAUCCAAAUCUAUCUUUCAGAACUUGGGAUCGCUUUCUGGGAGGCAAAAUUUGAUCAAAAUUCUUAGGUUACCUAACUCCUCUGGGCUCUGAUUGGCUCUGACCCUGGGAUGACCCCUAAAGUAGAGGCUUGGCUAAUGUAGCCAUUACCCUCAAUAGUUCUGCACCGUAGUUACUCUACACACACCAGUCCGGGCUUGCUCAGCUGUGUGAUGCUCCCACCUGCCUCGUGGCAUUCCAGGCCACCUCCCCUUCUUUGACUUGCUAUUUCCCUAUGUGAGGUUGACAUGAGAUGAGAGCCCCAAGGCCACCUCUCAAAAUGCUCUGACUGACUCUCUUUCCCUUGUCUGGACAGUGCUCUGUGUCCACUACAUUAGAGUAUAUUUAGUAUAUUUGCUACUCCCAGAUCAUUGAGCUGCAGGAUCCUGGCCCUUGCCUUGCUUUUGUCUAGAUUUCUUAAGGUGUUGAUUCUGUGUUCAUAGGAAGGAAAGCAGAAUUUCUGCUUUGCAUUUGAAAGUGGUCAUUUCCUCUCCUCUAUCUGGGCAUUCCGCUACUUGAAGACUCAUUAUGACACUGGUAAGCAACAUGUUGAGUAAUCCAAUGGGUCAAAAAGUGGUCAGUAGUACCAUUGACAUUAUCUGGCACAGACCAUGUCCAUGCUCGAAAGUUUGGGCAAUACACUAGUCCUGCAGGUACAGUUUAGUCAUAUCUUCAGUCCUUCAGUGCUUUUGGUUGAAAUCACAGAGACAAAAUAACAUCUGUGCACCUUCACAGCCUGUGGAGGCACUCUCCCCUUUCCCACAAGGGAUAGAAUCUGCGCUACUGCAAGCUGGAACAUGCCACAGGAUGAAGGUGGGAGAAUAAAUUGUCAUUCUUGAAAACAAAGUAGUAGGUCCCUGGCCUGUGGGAGUGCUGUACAUCAAAUUGGGCAACCUGCUGGCCUUUCAAGGUGCUGUACCUGAGCUCCAAGUAAUAGAAGAGGAUAUUCUAUAUCAUGGUAGAACUCAGUGGACACCCAGUUGUAAUGUAGACUUGGAAGUUACUUGGGAUUAUCUGUGCCCUGUGUUCACACGCAGCCUCACAUGACUGGCAACCCCAGAUUCCACAAUAAACCUGAAAAGCCACGCUCA